AGAACGCACAGCUCUAGAGACAGGUGCAAGGCCGCCAAAAUGGAAAUUUGAUAGAGUGCAGUCGGUAGAAAAACAUGGCCAACAAAAAAAGGGCCCGCGGAGUGAGAGCAACAUUUGGCAAAAUCAUAGGACAGAUUGCAGAGUAUGGAGCUAGGAAGGACUCUUGGCGAGGGGAAAUUCGCAAAGGUUAAACUCGCCAUUGACGAGGAAACAGGACAGAGCUAUGCCGUGAAAAUCUUGGACAAGGAGAAGGUUUCCCGGUGCAAAAUCGUGAAUCAUAUUAAAAGGGAAAUAUGCACGCUGAAGCUCAUUAAACAUCCUAAUGUCGUGAGAUUAUACGAGAUUUUGGCGAGCAGGAAGAAAAUAUAUAUUGUUCUCGAGUUUGUUACCGGGGGAAAUUUGCUUGACAAAAUCAUUGAGGCGAGUAACAGAGAACUCCAUGAAAACGUAGUGAGAAAGUAUUUCCAGCAGCUAAUUGACGCCGUCGGAUAUUGCCACAGCAGGGGUGUCUACCACAGGGAUUUGAAGAUUUUCUCUUUCCAGGAAUAUAUAACAAUAAUGGCUACUUGAAGGUGUCUUGCAAUGGACGCUUGAAUCAAAUGACAACAGCGGUAUGUUUAAAAAUUAUCUGUUCAAGAGCACUAAUCAUAUUAGAACUUAUUACGUCACAUUAAGAACCUAUAUUAACAUGCCUUUUAUGUUUCUAUGUUUCUAAUGGAAUAAAGAUUGAGCGUUUUAUUGAAUUAUGUUAUGUUGUAAUGAGAAGCCCUGGAAAAAUGUAGCAAUUUUACUGUCUAAGUGAAUAGAUUUUUGAUAUGCUGACCAUAGCAUGGUAUUUGAAUUUGACUCUAGUGAUUCCAGAGCUUGAUAAUACAUCAUUUUGGGCUGAUCCCAAGUUUGUACAGGUGCAAGUCUAUACUAUUUUGUAGUGAUUUAGAACUGUAAAAUAUUGAUUGCACUUAAUUUAUUUUAGUUGCCAUGCAAAGGCAAUGUCACCACACUUCCUGGGUCAAUGAUACAUCUGCAAAUGCUAUUGCCCAUGUGUUCUCUUGGCAAAUCCAUGAAUUAAUAUUUUUUGCACUAGUAAAUUC